GGGCUUCGUGGAAGAACAUUAUUUCUCUCCACGCCGGUACGACGAUUGGAAUCCACUAUCAUUCCAUCAGGGACCUGGGUGAAUUCUUUAUUCACCCCUUCAAAGUCCUUUUCUUCGAAACAUACGGUAUCAUGCCCGGGAAAGUGGCCCCAAAUGGUCACCAUAUGUUGAGCAGUUUUGUCAAUGUCUGCCGGUUUCUUUGUAUUCCUCUCUCCCUCCGUCUCUUUGACCAUAUGUUUGAUGUCCGGCUCAGGUCCAAGGAAACCCUUGGAUUCGUGGUCGUGUCUUCUCACCAAGGCCGGACAUUUCUUUGUGGCAUUCCUCCUUCCAAUAAGAAGUGGAAGGACAAAUACGUUUCCAUCAAAUUCCCCUCGGCUACUUUCCCUUUUGCCCAAAAUGUCUGGGGGAAGAGAAUGAAGCGCCAGCCCCUCAGCCAACCCUCCGGCCAGCCGUUCUCCUUGGAUGAGCAAACUGCUCAGUCUCACCAGGACACCAACCAACCCAUCCACUCCGGAAAGCUCUACAACAACGUAGACACCAUGGAGUUCGAGAACCUGAUGGGGGAGACCGGCCAUACAUCAGAGGCCGGCCAAGGUGGUCAACAAAUUGAGGGGGGCCGCGACGAAGAGGAGGCCGUCGAGGGGGCCCUUCAAAGGAAGAGGCGGAGGGCAGAGGAAGUGAACCAGCCGGUCCAGUCCUCCGACGCCGGCAAAGAACACGGCGAGCUCCGGCUGUUCGCCCUAAUGGUCGGCCGGAUCGGCCUGGAGUACUUCACCCGUCUGGUGAAGUCCAGGGAUGAGGAGAAGGCCCGGCUGGAGGCCAUGAUGGCCGCAAAAGAGGCCGGCGCGCAGGCCCAAGAGAAGAUCGAAAAGCUUGAAGCCGAGAACGCCCGGUCAGGUGAAGAGAUUGCGCGGCUAGGAGAUGAGCUGGAGAAGGAGCGGGCGGAACGAGCUACCCUUGCCGCUGCCUGGGCAACCCAAGAGCCGGAAGAGUUCGCCGCCCGAGCUCUACCUGACCAGGAGACAGCCAUCCGCUUCUUCCAAGGCCUAUACAAGCACAAGGUGUCAGCCAAGGUCGUUGACGAUAUCGAGACCUUCGGCUUCGAGAGUGGUCAAUACGAUGAACGACGGGCUCUGUACGGCAUCCUUCAGCAUCGGAUCCAAGGCUUUGAGCCCAAGGCCCUUUCUCUGCCCAAGUUGCAUGAUGAGGUGCCGGUUCCACCUUUCCCAGGGAUCUGAUCUCCAAGCCGGCCUUCUUACUCUCUCUUUUGUUUUUAUUUUUGCAUGCUUAUAUAUAGGGUCAUUCAUUCUUCAUCAUCUCCCCACCAAAAUCAUCCCAUUAGUUAGAGGAGAGUUCAGAGAAUUGAGAGAAGCUGUCCGGAGAGCUUCCCGUCGCCGGAGCAAGCCGUGGUGUUCGCCGGAAGUUUCACCGUUUUUCGGCCGGAAUCAUCGUUUCACUCCGAAGUAAACAAAAAGAAUGAUGUGAUGGAAUCCUGGCGGCAGACGGAGCGAGAUGGUCAAAGUGGAUGUGUAAAAUGAAUUAAAGUUUAAAAAGACAUAAUAUUAUUAUGUUUUGUAAUUGUUAUUUAUUCAGCUUCCGCAACAUUAACUACUCUGUUAUUAUUCUGAAUACUUUAUUAUGAAAUAAAGUUUUAAAAUGCUU